GCUGGCCUGAGUGAGAAUGAGGAGCAGGACGCUCCCCAAGAGGUUGCCUUGGACAUCAGCCUGGGCUACAUCUGCAAGGCGGCUUCGAAGCCAGCUCAGCCUUGUGAUCAUUGCUCGAAUGCUGGGCCAGCAGGAGAUGCUCCCUCUCUGGCAAGAGAAGACCCAGCUGUCCUCGCUCAGCCGGCUCCUGGGCCUCAUGAGGCCAUCAUCUCUCAGGCAGUACCUGGGCUCUGUGCCCUUGCCACCCUGCCAGGAGCAACAGCCAAAGGCUAGUGCCGAGCUAGACCACAAGGCCUGCUACCUGUGCCACAGCCUGCUGAUGCUGGCCGGGGUGGUUGUCAGCUGCCAGGACAUCACUCCAGACCAGUGGGGCGAGCUGCAGCUGCUGUGCAUGCAGUUGGACCGCCACAUCAGCACGCAGAUCCGGGAGAGCCCCCAGGCCAUGCACCACACCAUGCUCAAGGACCUGGCUACCCAGACCUACAUCCGUUGGCAGGAGCUGCUGACCCAUUGCCAGCCCCAGGCCCAGUAUUUCAGCCCCUGGAAAGACAUCUAAAGGAACAGGGUCAGGGCAGCCCAGGGCUCCUGGCUCCAGCAGGAAGUGAACAGGCUCAGGGAACUGGAGGAAGCGAAGCAUCAAGGACAGAGGAGGCCACAUGCUGACCAGCCUGAUGAGACAAGAGCCUGCCUCUGCCACCGCCCCGACCCCCUCUCCUCUCAGCAAGGGAUGGGCCUCUCUGCCUCGCCCACCCCUCAGACUUCCUCCCAGCCAUCUUCUCUUCCCUAAGGCCUCUGUCUCCGAUAGCUCUGGUUUCCUUGGGCCUCAGUCCUCCCCACCCUCCUUCCUCUCUCUCCCUGUCACUAAUGUGAGGUUUCUUUGUGCACAUUAAAGUCUUUCAGCAUCA